CACCGCCAGCUGGCCGUAUCAUGACCUUGGGAAUCCGGUCGUCAUCUCCCUCUCCACCUCCACAACCCCCAAAAGCAAGCCGAAAAUUAUUUUCAUUCCAUCCAUCCUCCUGCUAGACUUGGAGUUCCUCCUACUCGACUUCACUUAAUCCGGUAGCUCGAUCGCUAAACUGAUUUAGGACUCGAACGAAGAUUUCAAUUUUAUACUCGAAACAGGAAAAGAGCCAUAUGGCCAGCAAACGCAUCCAAAAGGAACUCCUGGAUUUGCAAAGGGAUCCUCCAGCGUCCUGCAGUGCUGGACCAGUCGGCGAGGAUCUCUUCCACUGGCAAGCUACGAUUAUGGGUCCUUCCGAAAGUCCCUACGCCGGCGGGGUGUUCUUCGUGGCCAUCCAUUUUCCUCAAGACUACCCAUUCAAGCCUCCUAAGGUCAACUUCCAGACCAAGGUGUACCAUCCAAACAUCAACUCCAAUGGCAGCAUCUGUCUUGACAUCCUCAAGGAUCAAUGGAGUCCAGCUCUGACCAUCUCCAAGGUUCUCCUCUCCAUUUCCUCCCUCCUCACGGACCCGAACCCUGACGACCCCCUCGUCCCCGAGAUCGCCCACCUGUACAAAACGCACAGAUCUCGCUACGAAGACGCAGCGAGGUCGUGGACGCAGAAGUAUGCCAUGGGCUGAUGUUUGCAUGGUUCUUCAAACAAGUUAAUUAAUCACGUUUGUUUGCUUGGUAAUGUACUUAGAAGCAGACUUGCUGAAUCCUCAGCUCUGCUCCUCGAAUUCCGUAUCUGUUCAUGUUGCUUGGUUCGUUGUUAGGUGUGAUUAGAGUUGGAUUCAGAUAAUUUACAACGUAAGCUACAA